AUGAGCCCCACGGGCUCUGCUAGGGUUUUUGGGAGAUCUGGAACAAAUGGAGGAAGACGUUGGAACAAGAAUGAUGAGUACAACAAGAACCCAGAGUCCAAUACAGGAGUUACAUUGUUUGUCGACGGAUUGGACGAUCGGGUGAACUACAGACAGCUAAGAAGAGCACUUGAAAAGCAUGGAAAGGUAGAAAGUGCUUUUCUACCCAGAAGAAGGAAGAAUGAAAGAAGGUUGAGAUUCGGUUUUAUUCACUUCAGUAACAGGAACGAGGGGCUGAAAGCAGCAGAUUUCUGGCAUAGAAAGAAACUGAACAACGCUUUCCUAACAGUACACCCAGCAAAAUACCCAAUGCGGUUUCGGAGGAGUCGAAAGGACAAGGAAAGAAUGAAUUACGUAGGCUCUCUGAGGAACCAUGGAAAACGUAAACAGAUUGGGAGGCAGAAGGAAAAUGUUGAGGAAAAUCAGGAGAGAAAGCGACCCAAUAUCCGAAGAGAAUGGAGAGUCAAACAAAAGCAUGCUGAUCAAAUGGAGAAAGAUACUAUAUGGAACCAGAGAAGGGUGACAAAAAAUGGUGACUUACAGAAGUUGGCAAUUGUCAGUAUGAAAAACUUAGAAGAAGGCAAAAGAGCCGCUACUGGAAAACCUGAGUAUUCCAAUCAGUAUAGAAGGAAAAGAGAUGUGCAUCUUAGUGGAAGAAUGAAGGCUUUGGAAAACCUCUGGCAGGCCUACGGAAUGGAGGAGAGCAAAUGGAUUCAGAAAGCUAGAAUUAAAUGGAUAAAAGAGGGUGAUAAAAACACUGCAUUCUUUCACAGGAUUCACAAAACUAGAAGAGAGAAGCAGAAUAUAUCCAAAUUAAACAUAGGCGCACAGGAUGAUGUGUUCGCAUUAUUUGCUGAUUUCCAUGAGUCUGGAAGAGUGACUAGGGGAAUGAAUGCAGCGUUUAUUACCUUGAUGCCGAAACAAAAGGAAGGGAACUCGAUUUCUGACUUCUGGCCAAUUAGCCUGAUUGGAAGCACAUAUAAAUUAAUCGCAAAGGUUUUGGCUGCCAGAUUACAGCGUGAAAUGCCUAAACUCAUAACAGGGAAUCAGUUUGCUUUUGUCCCUGGUAGACAGAUUGUGGACUGCAUAUCAAUCGCUAAUGAGAUUGCUGACCUUAUGAUUAGGAAAGAAGAGGGGGGUUUGUUGCUCAAAGUAGAUUUUGCCAAAGCUUACGACCAAGUCGAUUGGGAUUUUGUGAUAAAUAUUCUCCAUGAAAUGCACUUUGGGGAUAAAUGGAUAACAUGGAUGAAGAAUUGCAUAUCCACGGCAUCUCUGGCUGUGUUGGUUAACGGCUCUCCGACCGAUUUUUUUGCCAUUGAAAAAGGCCUUAGACAGGGGGAUCCCCUGUCCUCGCUGCUAUUUAAUCUGUGCGCUAAUGGUCUCUCUUGCCUCCUGAAUCAGCUCUUGGGAAAUGAAAACUUCAGUGGCAUAAGGGUGAGCGAGAAUCUUGCUAUCAAUCAUCUGCAAUUCGCAGAUGAUACACUUCUGUUUUGCAAAAACAGUGAGCUGCAGUUGGAAAAUAUUUGUAAUAUGUUGAUAUCUUUUUUGUUCGCAUCCGGCUUGAAAGUGAAUUAUGGGAAAUCCAUGCUGAUAGGAUGCAACAUACCUGAGUUAGAGGUCGAAAGAUUAGCAGCUCUUCAUGGUUGGAGUACAGGGGUUCUGCCUAUCCAGUAUCUAGGUGUUCCUCUUGGCGGAAAUCCGAGAAGAGUGGAUUUUUGGAAACCUGUGAUUGAGAAACUUAGAUGCAGGUCGAGAAAUUGGAAUUCCAAAUUCAUCUCUUUAAGUGGUAGGCUUGUUAUUAUUAAGUCAAUUUCGUGUUCCAUUCCCAUGUUCCCUAUGUCAGUCUUCAAAGCACCAAAGAGAAUUAUGGCUGAAAUUGAAAAAAUACUCCGGUCUUUCUUGUGGGGAAGUGACAAUGGAAGGAGACGAGUUAACUGGAUAGGAUGGGAUCAGGUAUGCAAAAAUAAAGAGGCUGGUGGCCUUGGACUGGGAUUCAUAUCAUGGAGGAACAAAGCAUUACUAUUAAAGUGGGCAUGGAAAUAUGGCACAAAUAUUAACUGUCUGUGGAGGAAAAUUGUGAUUGAAAAAUACAAAUUAGACCAGAAUUCUUUGCUGCUGCAUAAUGAAAGAAUUUCACGUGGUGGAUGGUCUAAAAUGAUGGGUGAUGUUUUCAAUGUGCUUAUAGAGGAUGACUUGAUGUCGCUGAGCUUCGGGAAAAGUAUCCUUGUAUCAGUUGGAGAUGGGAAGCAUACAAACUUUUGGAAUGAUCCUUGGACCUACAAUGAGCCGCUACGGGUGUCUUUUCCCAGGAUCUUUGCGUUAUGUGACACAAGAGCAACAUUAUUAGCUGAAGUAGGAAAAUUUCAUGAAGGUAAAUGGCAAUGGAAUCUUCCCUUCCGAAGACAAUUUUUUGACUGGGAGGUGGCUGUAUAUGAGGAUUUUGUUAGAACCAUUAACAGCAUAACACCUUCAGUGGGUGAAAACGACUCCAUUGUGUGGUGCCUAAAUCAGAGUGGAAUCUUCAAUGUUAGAGAUGCUUGCAGAUGGGUGGAAGAACAAGUAUUUGAAAGUGAAUGGCAAGUCCCAAAUACUAUCAGCAAGUUAGUCCCGCCUAAAGUAGGCCUGUUUGUUUGGCAAGCGCAGAAAAAUAAAAUAGCGACUAAAGAUAAUCUCAGGGCACGGGGAAUUGAUUUAAACGGACUUGAGACUUGUGUGUUCUGUAAUCAGGUGAGUGAGACUUCUUCCCACUUAUUUCUUCAUUGUGUUCAUAUCUGGAAUCUAUGGGUAGCAAUUAUUAGCAGGGAAGGAUUUUGCUGGGUAAUUCCUAAGUCCUUGAAUCAAUUGCUGGCGGAAUGGGAUAAUCUUCCAAGAAUCUCUGAUGGAACCCUAUGGAGCCUUAUCCCAUAUUCAUUAUUAUGGUCGAUAUGGCUGGAACGUAAUGGAAGCUGCUUCAGUAACAAAGAGAUUAAUCUAGAUAAUAUUUGGGAGAUGCAUUUACUAAGAAUUGGAUGGUGGAUCAAAGCACUGAAUAAGAGAAAUUUAUAUAGUCUGGAGCAUUUUGCUAGAGACUUCACAAACAUCAGAUUACAACCACGGCAAAAGAAGAUGAGAAAUGCGUCUUGGUCUCUUCUUGUUGAUGGAACUAUGAAGGUUAAUGUUGACGGGGCAUCAAAAGGAAACCCAGGAACACGAGGCAUUGGAGGGAUACUGAGAAAUGUGAGGAAUGAGAUCAAGGGAUUCUUCUCAAAAAAUAUAGGACAUGGAUUUGCUUUCGAAGCUGAAGUUGUAGCAAUUCAUGAGGCUUUGUCUCUUUGUCAACAACAUCUCAUUCACAACAUCAUCAUUGAAAGUGACUCAUCCUUAGCAGUAGGAUGGGUGAAUUGCAGAAGAAAUAGGCCCUGGAAACUGAGAGGAAUCCUAAAUCAGAUUGAUAUCCUUAUUCCUCUAGUUAAUUGCUUGGAGAUAAGGCAUAUUUUUCGUGAAGCUAAUUCAGAGGCGGACGCUCUUGCCAAGCGUGGAUCAAAUAACCCGAGACCCUUGUACUAUUUUAACAGUGUUAUUGGUGUUUAG